AUGAUAAGGUUUAUUCUUAUACAAAAUCGAGCAGGAAAAACCCGUCUUGCGAAAUGGUACAUGAAUCUGGCUGACACAGAGAAACAAAAGUUAAUCGAAGAGGUCCAUGCCUUGGUCACAGUGCGUGACGUCAAGCAUACCAACUUCGUCGAGUUUAGAAAUUUCAAGAUUGUUUACAGACGUUACGCGGGUCUCUACUUUUGUAUUUGUAUCGACAUAAUGGACAAUAGUCUUGCACACUUGGAGGCGAUCCACAACUUUGUUGAAGUACUCAAUGAACUGUUUCACAACGUAUGCGAACUGGAUCUUGUUUUUAACUUCUACAAGGUGUACACUGUCGUUGACGAAAUGUUCCUAGCAGGUGAAAUAAGAGAGACUAGUCAAACGAAAGUGCUAAAGCAAAUGAUGCUGCUUUCCGCUUUGGAAUAA